AUGAAGAGAUUAAUGGACAAAUUAUAACAAAAGAACUUAGAUCUGGUGGUUCACAUAUGAUUGUUUCAAAUUAUAACAGAAUUCAGUAUAUAUAUCUUAUGGCCGAUUAUAAAUUGAAUAAGCAGAUCAAGGAACAAACAAAAGCAUUUAUCAAUGGUUUUCAAUCCAUGAUACCAGGAAAUCUACUUAAAAUGUUUUCGCCACCAGAAUUACGACGUGUGAUGUCUGGAGAAGAUGUUAAUUGGAGUGUAUCAGAUUUACGCCAACAUACUACAUACCAGUCUGGAUAUUUUGAUCAGCAUAAAACUGUGAGAAAUCUUUGGUCGAUAUUAGAAGAGUUUGACUCCAAAGAUAAAAAUGCAUUUUUAAAAUUUGUUACUAGUUGUUCAAGG